AUGGACGUUCAACCAGAAAAAACGCUACGGCUUGAAACGCUUCCAAACGAGAUCCUCUCGGAGAUUUAUGCCCACCUUGGGGUGGCUGACCUUUGUCGGUUCUUCCUCAAUCUCGAAUUGAGCAAGUUUACGGCGCGGUUGGCCGACCACCUCAAGACACUCGUGGUACAUGUGACCCCGGACGAGCUCAGCUAUGACAAUUCCCCCUGGAUCAACUUUUCCACAUACGCCCGGCUUCCCCCGUGUAAAAUUCUGGUAUGUACCCCGUGUGGCCAACUUGACCUUACAAAGUGGCACCUCAACCAAGUGAAAUAUUCGCAGUUGACGUUGCUGGUGCAACAUAUCCCUAAGUAUUACCUGGGCGUGGACCUCACCGGUAUCAACGGGCGUGUUUCCAAAGUUCUGAUAUUCGGGUGUAUCGAGUUAAAUCCUAAUACGAUCCCGCGGUCGGUUCGAAAGCUCUCCCUCGACGGCUGUCGGACCAAGUUGCCUCUAAACUUCGAGCACUUGACUCAACUUACCCACUUCAGGGCCAAGCGAUUCACUCCCGCUGGCACACUUGUCUUGCCACUGCUGGUGACUGACAUCGAGAUUUGCGACAACUUGAGACUCACAUUCAAUGCAACCCUGUUACCUAAUCUCAAAAACUUCAAAGGUCCGUUUUUCUACAUUAUCAAGGGGACGUGUGUUAAAUUAUCCUGUGUUUCGAGCGCAAACUACUGGUCACCAGAGAUGUGGAGGGAGAUGACCAUAACGGAUGGUAUUUGUUUUAAGGAGAUGUCGUCUACUCAACUUCAAGAGGUCGUUCUUCUUGGCCAACAUCAUGGUGUUGACGCGACGAACGUUUUCACCGACAAUCAAAUGAGUCAACUUACGAUGCUUCGGGCGCACACUUUAUCAGUUCGCGACAUGGAUAUGCUUUUUGCGAUGAAAGUGUUACAGAUAAAAUUUGACAAGGUUCUCAACCAGUUCACGCGCUUGCCCCCUAAUGUGGAUGAGUUUGUCAUGGUACUGUCGCAACCGGUGACGGGAAUCCCUUCCCAACUCAAAGUUUUUGGCUACAAGAAUCUUGAUAAUCCUGAAGUUAACGACAUAGUCAUUAACUCUGAAACUGUCAGAUACGUCAACAUUUUAAGAGCCAGAACCGUGACUCUUAAUUGUAUCAAACUCACGAGAUUGGCCGUUGCGGCAGUCAGGUCAGUCGGCUAUCCCAACGCCCCCAACAUCGUGAACUUAAAAGUGGAUGGGACCAAAGUCCCAUUAAAACAGUUUCCCCGACUUGUUCAUCUCUCGAUGAGAAAGGUAAACCAGGCGGUCGAGAUCAGCCACCGUCUCAAAUCGGUUAUUCUCAAAAGAAUGAAAUUGUCGAGAGUGGCUCUUACGGCGAAGCACGUAGAGAUUCUUCACUGCAAAUUUUGGUCAAACUUCAAGCGUCCACAGAUUGAGGCCAAAUUCUUGAAAUUGCUUGAUACCGUGCUUGACCGUGCUGAUGGCAUCAAAUGCCAAUAUCUUUCUUGUAGUAAGCCGGGACGAAUCGGUUCCAUUCCCAGAAUGGUGGAAAAAUUAUACAUCUCCUACCUCAAUGAUCAGUGGGUGGAAAAGUGUAAGGGUCGACGUGGUGGCAUUCCAAUUUUGGCGACGUUGGAAAGAUGUGAUAGGCUCAAAUCGGUGGAGAUCGGCUAUGCUGAUUUCAGAAAUCUCUACCACGACGGUAUUACACUCCCUUCGUCGAUACGACUGGUCGCAUUGUGCCGUGUCAAGUGGGGUGAUCACGCCAAAUUGCGAUUCACAGGGCUUACGCAUUUGGUGCAUCUUGAGUGUGACAGCGCUGCCACCGUCGAGCAAUUGGGCUAUCCUCCGGGCUCGCCGCCGCCGUCAUUAGUAUGCAAUGGGACGGUGACCUUUCAACCUCACUUUUUACCGCCGCUCAAGUCCCAGGAUAAUCAAUUACGACGAGUCUAUGAGAAAAACGAAUGGGAUGAAUUUUGA